AUGUUAACCGCUCCUAAAGAUACAAUUGCUGCACCUCGCCCAAAAAGGAGAACCAUACCACUAGUCGAAAGCAAUAGAAGUAAAGAAAAUAUCCUUUGUGACACCAAGAAAUCCUCAGGUCAGUGUGAGGUGAAUUCUACAACAAGAAAAGUAGUGACUACAGAAAUGCAAAUAGAAACAGGAGUCCACAAUACAGAGCAGAAAGAAAAUAUUCAAAACACAAUCCUUGAGCAAAUUCUUCAAAGACUCAAUGCAAUAGAGCUAAGGCAGA